AUGGCCACAAAGCGGGCCAGCAAUAAUUGUAGCCUCUUCUUGGUCUCGUGGUUCGUUUCUCGAAGGUUCAAUGUUACCACCAUUUUUUGCCUCUUCUUCUUUGCCUUGGAGGUCCUGCUCUCGUCGUUCUGCAAGCAGGAUUACUUCCUCGGCUUCUUCUUCGUCCUCGAUUGCGUUUCCACAGCUUCCCUUCUGCUGGAUCUCACAUGGGUUGCCGACUCGUUAGUUUCAGAUGACUUCGCAGUGGGCGACCAGGCGCGUGGUGGGAGGACCGCGCGCCUUGGAGCGUCAGUGGGCCGGGUUGUGCGAGUCAUCCGCCUCGUCCGCAUCGUGAAGUUGUACAAGGCGGCCUAUGAACGGAUUAUGGCCGAGGCCGCGAAAAACAGCGCUAGCUCGCCAGGUGAAGAGACAAUCGAUGACUGGGACAACCCGGACUACGAUGACCAGGAGCAGCGGAAGGGCCAGCGCGAGAGUGCUGUUGGCAAGAAGCUAGUUGCACUCACCACCCGGCGAGUGAUCAUAUUGGUGCUGGUGAUGCUCAUGUGUAUGCCAGUCUUCGUUGUAAGCAACUCGCACGGUGACCUGACGUCGGCUGCAUUCGGAGCCAGUAGCGUUUUCGACAGCUACAGGCACAUGAAGGAAGGCAUCGCGAACCGCUCUUUGUAUGAGGAGUCCAUUCUCAAGUAUUUCUACUACCAUAACUGGUUUGCAGGCCGUGCGGGCUGUGACGGAGACUCCUUCUGUCCUGCAGUUUUUCUCAGCCAUGUUUUUUGGGUCGGGUUUGCUGGCCGCGACAAGACGUACAAUGAACUUCGGAACUACACCGCAGAGGCCAGGCUGCAGAAAGACGUUGUGGUUGCAUGGGAUGCAGCCGUGGCAAAACAAGAUGUCGACUAUGUCUAUGUCAUGGGCAGCUUUCCAGCACAGGCACAAGAUUUGCUCAGCUCUGACUGGGACAUCGAGUGUCAGUUUGGUGGUUGGAACCACCUCGGCCAGUCCUUGCUCUCUACAUUGCUGGAGGACACAGUUUCCUAUGCUGUGAGGUGCCCUCAGGACCUUCGACCUCAGGAGCGUUUCAGAAUCCAGCCUUCUUUGCUCACAGAGCAAGAAUUUGAUGACUGGCAUCUGGCCUUCUUCUUUGAUGCACGGCCAUAUGUGAGAGUCGAGUCACAGAACAACAUGAUGCUGACAGGCUUCAUCUGCUUGGUGCUCUGCGUGGCGUCCCUUCAGUUUUCCAAG